GGCGUCUACGUGGCGAACCAGAAGGUGUCUCGCGGGGGAGAAGCCGAAAUUUCAAUCAGGAACAAGAACCCCACUGUGGUCACCAGGAUAUCGUUCAAUGGCGGCAGCACGUGGCGCUCCAUUCCCGCACCCCGCGAGUAUCGCCACGACAACUGCAACAGAUGCCGUGACAGCAAGGACUGCUACCUGCACCUGCACGGGCCCUCCUCGUGGGUGUGGGAACUGGACUCGCACCCCACGGUGUAUUCGCAUUACAAACUGCCGGGAAUGGUUAUGGCCGUGGGUAACGUUGGUCCACGGGGAACGGGCCUUGGAGAGAAUGACGG